AUGCGAAGCUUCUUCGUGGCAGAGAGGAAUCGCCGCGCAAGUGGACAGUUCGCACAGUUUCAGCAUAUGCUCCAUGAUGCGGUGGUAGGCUCGCCGGAAUACUCCCAUUUUGUGACGUGGCUGGACAUUGCAAACAGGACCUGGACGAUUGACAAGGUUUUCCUCAAUGACAUCCUGCCAGCAGGCAAUGGCUAUGGUGCCAAAGCAGUGGCUGAGCACUUGCUAGCUCCUCCCGAGCUUCUUUCCUUUUCUGAGAGGGAUAUCAGCACGAAGGUGAUCUAUAGAAACUUCGACUGA